UGAGUAGUUUUUUUUUUUUUUUUUUUAAAAAGGAAGAACUUGGGCUGAGGUACAGUAAUUAACGUUUUUGAGUUUUGUCUUACUGGUUUUACUUAUGUUUCUCCUUGUCACAAAAGGUGAGGCUCUGCUGGUACAAACCAAUGAGAAUUGAGCCCGAUAUUUCUGCAAUAGGCACACAUCAAUUGGUUGUCAAUGGUAAUCAAUUCACUUUUAAUAGUUUGAGUGAAUACAGGUUUUCACUUUCCAUUCAGAAUACAUAUUUAAUGUGGAAUGUAAUGUGCAGUACCUACAUCAAAACACACUUUAUUGUUUCAUUAUUAUUCUCAUUAUUCUCACAUUAGGUACCAUGGACACAAACUGCUCAAAUGGAACAUUCCAAGAUAGUCCAGAUGUGAUUCCUAGAAAGUGGUAUAGAUCCAACAACGGGGCCCAAAUAUCUAAUCACAACAGACUUGAAACUCCAGUUAAAAGCACAUAUGAUGCAGAAGACAAAUAUGUUCAAGUUGGGGAAAAAAAUAUAAAUUUAUCAGGUUUGAAAAGAAGGCUGUGUAAUACUACAAUAGACAAACUUUCUGACAACCUGUCAGUAACAAACAAAGUCGAAUGUUCUGAAGAUUGUAACAUCUCGUUAACGGAUGCCAGCGACCAAGGAAAACACUGCAGCAACAGAAAUGAAACACCUUUUUAUGAAUUGAAGGGUAAACCACGUGUUAUUUUACCAGAGGGGGAUGUGAAGGAUCAGACUGUUCUUGGAAAAGAGAAAGAUAAACAUGUGUUUGAAAAAAGUGAAGAUGACGUUUGUUUAAAUAAGGAACGAUGCAAUGAAGAGACAGAAGAGAGUUCCCAGGAAGAUAUUAUUCAUACAAAACGUAAGUCUAGGCAAGUUAUUUAUGACACAGAGGAAAGCUGCUCUGAUACCAAGUGUGACAAAGCCCAGGAAAGUAAUAGUGACCUAUUGAAUGGCUGUAAUAGAAUACAAGAAACAUGCAGCGAGUACAGUUUCAAUAGUAAGAAAGAAAACACUAGCGUGAAGAGCUCUGAAGAAGAUAUUAUUCCAAUAAAACAUAAACGUGUAAAUGUUAUGCAUGACACCGAAUCUGACAGUGAAGAAGAAUUUGACAAAAUGAAGCAGACUGGCCUGAGAAUGAAUACACACAACACUGGUGAGAAAUAUGUUGGAGAGAAGACAGUUAGUUUGGAAAGUGAACUUUCCAAUACAAUUACAACAGAUAACAAUGAUUGUGCAGCAGACAACAAAAUGAAGACCGUGCAAAACACAAAGGAGACCACUGAAGAAAUGAAUAGCUCUCAGGAGGAUGAAAUAAUGUUUGUGAGGCGUAAAUGCUGUAGAAGAUUAAUUAUAACAGACAGCGAAUCAAGCAGUUUAGACACAGAAGAUAGUAUUACUACUGCCUUUGAUGGAAAUGACAAUGUUGAUGAUAAUAAUGAUGAUGGUGUUGAAGAAUAUAAUGAAAAUCAGGAGAAUAGUGAAGAGAACAGCCAAGAGUCAACUUCUGAGGAAGACUUUUUCACCGAUGGAGACAGCUCUCAGGAGAACUUACAGAGUGCUGAGAUCCGAGAAUUACUGUCACAGAAUGGAGUUCCAGUGUACUAUGGCUUUGAAGCUCAUUUUCACAGAAUAGUUCAAGCAUUAAUAACUGACGCAGUUAAGGGUAAUUUCCUUGCAGACGUCUUGUAUGGAAGAGGAAAAAUAAAGACAGAUCUGAAAAGAGAUGCUUGCGAUCGUGGAUUACCUAAUGGAACUAUUUCGAGCCACAGCUCAAUGCAUUGA